GUCAUCGCGCAGACCAAACCCAUUGACUUGCAUGAUAAACACCUCAAUUCUCCAUUUCCUCUCCUAAACCAUUCAUCGAGCUCAAAUAGCCCCCAGCAACAAUGACGGCUCCAUACGACCGCGCCCUCUCCGCCAUCGACGCGGCCCACGCGCUCGAUCCAAAGAAGAUCACCGUGGCCGGCAAAGAGCUACCAUACGAAUUACAUUAUGCCCAGAAGUGCUCCGAAUACCUCGCGAAGCGCGCUCCGUCCGCCUCCGAAGCCCUCCGCCUCGCGAUACGAGCCCAGCACUUCCGCCGCUGGGAAGUCCCCCGCGACUCGUACCCUAUGACGCGCAUCGGCUACCACGCGUGGCGCACCUUCCUCAAGAAGCGGCAAGCGGAGCAAGUCGAACACAUCUGCAGAGAGUCAGGCUAUACGGAUGAUAUUGCGGGACGCGUAGCGGCGCUGAUACGCAAAGAGGACCUCAAAAUGGACGAGGAGACGCAGGUCCUCGAAGACGUGGCUUGCUUAGUGUUUCUAGACGACCAGUUCGAGCAGUUUGAGAAAGAGCACGAUGAGGAUAAGAUUAUUAGUAUACUGAGGAAGACGUGGGGCAAGAUGACGGAGAAGGGUCACGAGCUGGCGCUGCAGAUUCCCAUGAGCGGAAGACCGCAGGAAUUGGUGCAAAAGGCUCUUGCGGGGUGAAUCGUGGAUUUGAUUGGGAUUGCUACAUAAAGCGGAGAAUCUGGGAUAUCUCAAACUGGGCCGAUGGAGGGAAAUCCUUCAUGCCGGAAGUCGCAGAUGCGAAGGGUCGCGAUGCCUCGUAGCGAGAAGAUCAAGCGCCGCCCUCUCGUUUCGCAUACUCUUCCUCCAUGCGCUCCUCAUACAAACGCUCCGCUUCGAGCUCAGCCUCGGUCUUCUUCGUGUGGGUUGCGGAUGCUACGCUCUGCGUUGACGGCUUCUCCACGUCGUGAGCCGUCGAUGCCGUGGCGGACGUGCUCGUCGCUGAAGUCGACUUUUCGGUGGUCGACGGCAUCGGGACUGGCAU